UGGAGAGACCCGAAGUGCUGAAAUAGUGCGGAGAUAACAUCCUUCUGGUUCUAUCAGAUAAAGUUUAAAAUAACUAUGCUGAGUUUGGAAUUGGACGCUGAAGUCCUUUCGGUACUCCCGGGAUUUCGAACGUUUGCUUUAAGACUUCAAAGAUGUCAGAAGGAAACAAAAUGCUGCAUCCUGAAUUCGCUGUUCGUCCAUUAAUGUACACUGGUUUAGGUGAUGUGAUUGGUUCUACUGUAUGGUCAAGUGAACAAGCAUCAUCAUUGGCCGCAAUUCCAGGAUCUAAAGUAGCAGAUUCAACUAACUUUCCACAUCCGGUAGCUGAAUCUCUUGCAAAAUUUGGUAAAGCAGCUGAAAAAGCUAAUAGAAUGAGAGUUUUAGCUUCUGCUCAAGGUUUACAUGCACCAUUACGUUUAUCUAUGGAGCAACGUAUAAUGCAACGUAUUCAACCUCGUCUACCUGGUUUAUAUUCUUAUCAUCCUUUGGCUAGUCAGCUAAAUGGAAGUUUAGAUGAGAUUGAUGUAGCUGACUUUAUUAAUCCUGCGGAAGAUUCUGAAUCUGUUGGAAUGCCCCAAUUAAUGAUAGAGCAUAAACUUGGUCUUUUGUAAAUGACAAUUGGUUUUCUCCAAUUGAAUGGAACAGUUAGUCUUUCUUGAAACUAUUAUUGCAAAAAAAAACUAAUAACGUAUACUAUUCUACCAUCUUUGUAAGAAAUAAACAUGUCAAUUAUAUUUUUUAACAUC